AUGAUGUUGCUUUGGUUAACCACCGCAUACCGUCAGAGCAAAAAGAAAUCCCUUAAAUCAAAGCCGAUCAAAUGGUAUCGUAGGUACAGUCAUAAUGAUACUCUUCAUAGUCCCAGUCAUUGUCGUAGUAAUUCAGCAAAUUCUGUCGAUGUUUUUAAUUUAAUUGUUCCAUCAAAUUCUGAUUCAACAUUAUCACAAUUAAAGUGUCCUGCAUGUUCAUUACCAAUGACAAGACCAACUGUAUUACCAUGUCAACAUACAUUUUGUUUUCAAUGUAUUAAAAAUAAUCAAGAAAUUCGUUCAAGUUCAUUACCAACUCCUUCAAAUAGUUGUUUACUAUCAAAUAUAAAUCAAAAAACAAUAAUACAAUGUCAAAAAUGUUCACGUAAACAUCAUAUUAAAUCUUUAUCAGAUUUAGAAGAAAAUCAAUCAAUACAAUUAUUAAUAAAUACACUUUUAUGUGAACAAUGUCAUCAAUUAUAUCAAUCAAAACAACUUGAUGCAUGUUCUGAUUGUUAUGGUGUUUUUUGUAUAAAUUGUUAUAAAGAACAUACUCAAAAUCAUCGAAAUGAUUUAAUAACAAAUAAAGAUAUGUAUCGAAUUGUAUCUACAGAUGAAACAAUCAAUAUAAAUAUGACAUUAAAUUCCAAUGAUAAUGAACAAACUUCAGAUAGUCAAAUAUUUCAUGCACGAUCAUUUGAUAAAGAAAAAAAGUUAGCAACGGAAUCAACUAAACCAACUGUAGUCAAAGAAAAUACGGAAGAUGAAAGUACAGAUUCAUCGGAAAAUAAUAAUUCGAAGAAAAAAUCAAAUAAUAUUUUUCGUACAAUAAUGAGUCCUCGACAUCGUCGAUCAACUAGUCUAUCUAAUAAAGUUUCUAUAAUAAAAACUUCUUCAUCAUCUAAUAAUAAACAAAUAUUUUCAACAAAAUUUUUUCCUCGAAAAAAAUUAAAUAUUAAUACAAAUAUUAAAGAUACAUCAAAAACAGAAUCUAUACAAGCAAUAACACCUAUUACGCCAGUUAGUCGAUUUAUAGAUCUUAGUGAUCAAUAUACAUAUACUGUUCAACAUAUAAAACAAUGUAAACAACGACAAAUAGAAUUAGAUCGAACAGUUAAAAAACUUAUUGAAGUAUUAACAAUAAAAACAAAUGAAAAUAUAAAUCAAAUAUUGCAAUAUUGGAUUCAUUUUAAACAAAUAUUAUUAGAUCGAUUUCAAUCAAACACAAAUCGAUGUUUAAUAUUUGAUUAUUUAUUUAAAACUUGUUUUUCAAAUUCAGAUUCUCAAAAACAAAUUGAUUUAUAUAUUGAAAAAAAUGAUGAAAUAAAAGUAGCAUUAGAAGUUCUAUCAACAACAUUAACUAUUGUUAUUGAUAAACAAUCUAUAUUAGCAAUAAAUCAAUUAUUUGAUCGUGAACAACAAGCAACAAUACAUACAUUAAAACAUCAACUUGAAUCAUUAUUAUCAUCAUAUUCUGAUACACUUUCAUUAAUUAAUGAAUGUAUUAAUGUAUAUGAAUGUCGUUUUACUACAUGGAAAGAUCCUCAUCCAACUGAUUUAAAUUCAAUAACUGAUGGUUGGAGACAAAUUAUUAAAGAAGAUUAUCCAUCAUUAAUAGAAAAAAUUUCAAAUGAUUUUAUAACAAUAAUACCACAAUUAGAGAAAACUCUUUUACAAAUGCUUUAUGAAAUGAGAAGACGUUUGUUAAAUUUUGAUAAUCAAACCACAAGUCAAAGGACUAAUAUUAGUUAA